GACGAGGAAGAGGAAGCAGUUAUUCAGUCUGUUUCCAAAGGAGGCAAGAAAAAUAAGGGUGGCAACUUGUUUGCAGCUCUGACCCAGGAACAGAGCGAUGAUGAGGAGGAGGGAGAGGAUUUGGAGAAGUCCAGAAAACCUAGCAAGACAGACAAGAACAAGAAAAACAAGAUGGAGUACGAGAAGCAGGUGGCGUCGAUGAAGGCAACGAGCGCGGCAGAGGGAGAUUUCUCGAUCUCCCAGGCUGAGAUGUCCUCGCGGCAGGCCAUGCUUGAGAACGCCUCCGACAUCAAGCUGGAGCGCUUCAGUAUUUCUGCUCAUGGGAAGGAGCUGUUUGUAAACGCUGACCUACUGAUUGUCUCUGGGCGACGCUAUGGUCUAGUUGGACCCAACGGCGGUGAUCAUUGUGAGUCACGAUGCUCGGCUCAUCACGGAGACAAACUGCCAGCUGUGGGUCGUGGAGGACCAGGCUGUGAACCAGAUCGAUGGGGACUUCGAUGAUUACAAGAGAGAGGUGCUGGAGUCUCUCGGGGAAGUGAUGGUCAACAAGCCCAGAGAAUGAAGAUCUACCACAGCCUGAGAUGGUGUGGAGGGGUGAGGGUUACUGCUUGGUGACACCUGCCAUGUGACUGGGGGAAGGAAGUGAGGGACCGGGAGGAGGCAAGUUGUGAAUUAAACACAAGUAACACCCAAAUAUUCCUUUCAGGUGACUUCUUAUCAUUACUUCUACUCAUCUUGGAUUAAGGGACAGCAUUUUUAAUUAUUAUUUUGCUCCUUCUGAUCAGCUUGACAUGAAUUCUGAGGUAACUGCAAGAAAUGACUGUCACUUUGAAUUUUGGGGAAUGCUUGUCAGUGUUACACUGAAGGCAUGAGCCAAAACAUUUCUCGAAACUCCCUUGGUUUCUUAGUUUUAAAUAUUGAGCAGAACGUCGUCAUGACUACUCUUGUCAUUACCUUUCUGUUUUGGAGAGUAGAUACUCCUGUAUUAAAACCAAUUCUUGAUAGGAUUAUUUUAUUUAGUCUCUUCAAGCCAUAAUAUCCCAUUGGGAUUUCACUCCAUCUUUAAUGCACAUGGGAUACUGUGUUUUGCUGAGCUUAACUUGUGUCUCCAUGAAAUGGGACUUUUCAAUUUAGUUUUUACUGGCUCUGCAAUAGUGCAAGUAUUCUGUGCUGUAUCUACUGUAUGCUGAUUACCGAGGUGUAACAAGCAGGUCCAUGCAGUGACAAGAUGUUUGGUGUUUUUAAAUGCCCCUCAAAGUGUUUUUAUCACGAGCUGUGCUGUCAUCAUUUCUUUCCACAAUCCAGAACAUGUUGAAUGCAUUGAAUAUUUAAUUAUUCACUCAUGCCUUUUGUUUAUACUAAUAAAGUAUCAGUGGUAAAUUGACUCCAGAUUUCUUUUUUUUUCUGUGUCUGUCUGUGUGUGUGUGUUGAGGUUGGAGCAUCUGGGUGCUUGGGCUUCCUUUUAGCUUGUGUUGUAUCAGUAUGCUGAAUCUUUCACACUAAGCUGUGUUCACAGAUGAGGCCACAGGAGAAUAAAACACAUAACUUGACCAAUUUCCAGUUUGCUAUCAGGCAGGAAUACUUGCUGUACAUAAUUAUAGAGAAUCUGCUCUCCGAUUUUGCUAGGAAGAGAUAUAAUGAUCAAAUGACACAACAGUGAUUAAUAUUUGGAAUCCAAAACAAUUAGUGGCUAGAUGUUGUCUGUCACACAACCAAUGUCUUUGUAAAGGAUUGUUUCCUAAACCCA